AUGGCUUCACCCCAGGUUCAUUUCCCCCCUCUUCCCUCCACCUCUGUUCUUGGCAAUCCUCCCACUGGAGGAUCCUAUGCUGAUAAUGUUUCAACCACUAUACCCAAAGCUAAUGUCUUUCCAGUCUCUUUCUACGCUCCUGGUCAGAAAAAGCUUUCCUUCAACCUCAACGAUCUGUCCGAAGGAAAAACCGUGUGGAACAACGCCCUUAUUGGAUAUUCUCUUGGUCCUAGACCAUACUAUGAACGACUUCUCAAAGCCAUGCAAAAGCUCUGGCCUCUUAAAGGCUCCAUGUCCCUCCUUUCCUUGGCAGAUGGGUUCUUCCUGCUGAAGUUCACUACCUCUGAAGACCUUGAAUCUAUUCUGUCUGGUGGCCCUUGGUUCCUACUUGGUAAGCCCUUCAUUCUACAGAGAUGGUCCCCAAAGUUCAAGCCGAAGCGUGAUGAGGCUGCUCCCAUCCCUCUCUGGAUCAAAAUAGUUGAUUUUCCGCUAGCCCUAUGGACUCCGACAGGUAUCUCUCGCAUCGCCAGUUAUAUCGGUGUCCCGAUCUCUGUUGACGCUCUCACAGCUAAUAGAACCAGACUUACUUUUGCCCGGGUAUGUGUCCAAAUCACUAAAGAUUCCAUCUUGCAUGAAGAAAUCCCUAUAGAGAUUGAUGGUGAAGACCUUAUCCUUUCUGUUAUCUACGACUGGAAGCCGGAUCGGUGUGAAGGAUGUGGCUCUUUGAUACAUCCUUUCUCCUUAUGCCCAAAAAAUCCAAAUCCACAGCCUUUUUUACCUCCACAACCACCCAAAAAUCGUGGUAGGAGCACCUCGCGGCAUAGAGCUUCUCAGACGCGCAGGUCUCCUUCCAGAAAGCCAACGACAAACCCCACAAUUAGUGCUGAAACCUCCACCAACCCUAUUGAUCCCAAACUCAACAUUAUUCAGGACACUUCUCUUCCAGUCAAUGAAACUCUACCCGCUUCUUCGCUUCCAGUUAAUGAUUCAUUACCCAUUUCUUAUAAUCAAACCUUGAUUCCCCCUCUCCCAAACCUCAAUUCCCCUACUGAGGUGUCUUCAUCCUCAGAACAGCCAACACCAAAUUAUCUUCCUAAUAUCCCCAAAAUCCCCCUUGGUAACAAGUUUGAUUUUCUUCAGUCCGCUGAAGAAGACACUCCCAAUCAUGUUGACAGUCUGUCUGAAAAUGGCUCUUCUUCCAUUCCUAAUGUUGGGGAAGAGCCGCCUGAUACUUCCACUUCUACUGGGAAAAAACCCAAACCUGACAAAGGUAAAUCCCCUUCCAAGUCCAAGCCACCUAAAGGCAAAUCGGCCAAGAAGGCCAAACCCUCAAAAUUUUAA